AAGUAGGCGCGCAGCUGUUAAAUCUGACUCGAGCUUUACAUUUUAUAGAGCAGAAAAUAGAUAUCUAAAUAUAAACAGUUAUUUUUGAGGCCGAUGGCUCGUUAGGUAAGAGCUGCAAGCCAAACUGCGUCUAUAUCAUUUAAAUGUCACAAGGAUUUUGAGCUGUGGCGCUUUAGCAAUUAGCCCGAAGGAUAACAAUGACGUAUUGCAGCUGGCAUUACAUAAGAUCGACUGGAGAACAAGCCAACAACAGCAAGCUGAGCACACAGGCAGAACCCAGAGAGAAACGUAAAGCAGAAGCCAAAGGCAAGCAUUAGCCGGUUUUGUACGCAGAAAGAGAACUCGGCUAGAACUCAGCGGCUUGGCUUACACUGACGUGUUCAAAAGUCGUUCAACUUGAUCGCCAGAGAGAAGCAGAGGAAAAGAGAGAGAGAGAGAGAGAGGAAGAGCGAGAGAAGCAAACAACUGUUAGGCAGUCGCUAAACAGCAACAACCAGAGUCGGGUCAAGGUUUUAACUGUGCAAAAAACAGAAACCGAAACAGAGACAGUAAAAGAAGAAAUAAAAGAAGUAAAAGAAAAAGAAAACUUAACGAAAUGCUGAAACUUCUGCUGACGAUGCUGCUGGCAGCUUUGCUGACCCGCCGCACUUUGGCCAUUGCGUGCGGUGGCUGCGUGGACUUGGAUGAGAUCAACUUUGACAAGACCAUUGUGCGCUUUCCCUAUGCGCUGGUCAAAUUCGAUAUUGCCUUUCCGUAUGGGGAGAAGCAUGAGGCGUUCGCGGAGUUUUCGAAGGCGGCGCACAAGGUAACGGCCGAGCUGCUGGUGGCCACCGUGGGCAUCAAGGACUACGGCGAGCAGGAGAACAAGGCGCUGGGCGAGCGUUUCAAGCUGAAUGAAAAACAAUUUCCCGGCAUUUUCCUGUUCAAGGGCAACGUCGAUGAGUUUGUCAAAUUUCCAGCCCAUCUGGAUGUUACGCUCGACAAUCUGAAGACGUUUGUGAGCAGCAAUACGCCGCUCUACAUUGGCUGCGAUGGCUGCCUGAAGGAGUUCAACGAGGCCCUCAAGAACUAUGCCAACCGGCCGCAUGACGAGCAGCUGGCAUUGAUCAAGGAGCUGCAGGCGAAGGCACAGGAAUUGAGCAACAAGUUCAAUGAGCAGCAGAACGCCAAGGUGUAUCUGGUCUAUAUGCAAAAAAUCAAUGAGCUUGGCUACAGCUUUGUCGAGGAGGAGACCAAACGAUUGCAGCGCCUCAAGGCGGGCAAGGUGACGGCUGCCAAAAAGUUGGAGCUGCAGCACCGGCUCAACAUUCUGGACGCCUUCCGUGUGCACAAGUUAACCAAAGCAGCGCCAGAGAAGGCCAAGGCAGAGCUGUAAAUCUCACAACUAGACAAUUAUCUUCCUAGAGAAAGUACCAAAAUGCAUACUUCUUAAACAUAAAAUAGGCACCCAAUUGUGUACAUUAAAACCUAACUGUUACCAAAAACCAAA